AUGAAGCUGAAAGUAGGCAAUUCAGUGGAAGUGUUGAGAAAAGAAAAUAAUCUGUGCAUGUCCUGGUUUUCGGGUAAAGUAAUCGCAGUUGAUGGCGAUGACUUCAUUGUGAGGUACAAGUCACUUAUGGACUGCAAAGGGGUGAUGGCGGUGGAGAGGGUGUGCAGAAAGGACAUUAGGCCUAAGCCUCUACAUGCAAAGAAAAGAGUGGGGUGGAUUGUUGGUGAUAUGGUUGAAGUGUUUGACACAAAGUGUUGGAAGGUUGGGAAGGUAACCAAGGUAGCAAAGAACAAUCGAGUUGUCAUUAGAUUCCUCGAGUCCAUUCAGCUUAAGGAAUUUGAUGAAUGUAACCUGAGGAUCAGGCAAGCUUGGGAUCAGAACAAGUGGUCAGUGACUGAGAAGGUUCACAAGAAAAACCAGAUUAAGAUUCGGAGCAGUAAUAGAUGGAAUGACUUGAAGGUUCAACUAGAGGCAAGUUCUAAGGAGCGUUGCUCAAAAGAGAGGAAAAUCAGCUGCAAGAGAUCAAACAUCUAUGAGGGAGCAUCUGACAGGCCAUCAAUGGCUAACCAUAUGUUGUACAUGCAGGUAGAUAAAACAUCAACGAACAACUCUAGUACUGAGAUGGAUCCAAAAAUGAGAAACAUAACGAGCUCUGGCAUGCAUAGAUCUUUCGAGUUGACUCAGUGCACUGAGGAUAGUUACCAAUGUUCAGUGGCUAGUUGUAGUUUGAACGAGCUUUCCGACUCUCAAAAUGAGUGUUCUGCAGAACUUGGAGAAGAUGUUGGUGAUAGUUCUGACGCAGAGUCAUCAUUUCCAGCUUUGACUAGGAAAAAAUUUUCAGCACCAUUACCCGAGCCUGAUCAUAUGCUUGAUGUGGACAUUCACAAGUUAGAGCUUCAAGCAUACAAGUCGACUCUGCAGGUGCUCUAUGCUUCAGGUCCCUUGAGUUGGGAGCAGGAAUCCCUCCUAACGAAUCUUCGGCUGUCCCUUCACAUAACAAAUGAGGAACAUUUACUGCAUUUGAGGCACCUCUUAUCUUCUCAGGUUCUGUGA